UUUAAUUGGGAGUACUUUUCUUUUAUACACCUUGUAGUUUGAACUAAACAUGCAGCAAACGAGUGAAAAUGGAACGACUAUGGACCAAAUUAAAACAGUUUUUGCCGACUAUACGUCUUUCUGAUGGGAGAAGUUCUGAUGAGUUGAAACCCAAACAAAGUACGAAGGUCGAAGUCAAAUACCAACAUAUUCCGGAUGCCGAAGAGGAAGCCGUCAAUUUGAAAGAUAAUCUUUUCAAAUCUACCUCAAUUGAUGAGAUUCUGGAUCAUGUAGGAUUGAGGCUUCUUCACUGGAAAGUCUUCGCGUUUCUUUGUCUCCUAGUUAUGACAUGUGGUCUGGGAACAGCCAUUUUACCCGCUAUACUUCCGAGUUUGAAACCAGACUGGAAUAUCUCUUCAAUUAUGGCUGGGAUAUUGACAAUCUCUACAUCAGCCGGAAAGAUCGUUGGGACGCCGUUUUGGGGUUGGGUGUCGGACAAAUACGGUAGAAAGCGUUCAAUUAUUGGCGGUGCCGCGUUCAUACUUGUUUUCUCAUGUGUGAGUGCGUUUUCAACAAACUAUUACUGGCUUUGGAUAAACCUUUUCUUCGUUGGCUGUGGACUGACUAUAAUAUUUCAGAGUUAUAUCACGAUAGUGGAAUUAUUUCCUACAAAUUACCGUUCCAUGUUUUCUGUAUUAAUCGUCGUCUUCUGGCCACUAGGAUUUCUACUUUCAGCUGUUGUUUCAAUGGAGCUUUCAGUGAUCGGUCAUCAUUGGGCUCUGGCUACCGUGUGUUUUCCCAGCGCAGUUGUCCUUAUCGGUAGUAUUGUAUUUCUUCCGGAAUCACCACAUUUUUACCUUGCAGCCGGAGACGAGAAGAAAGCUUUAAACAUUCUACAAGAUUUUGCGCCUGAAAUGGAUUUCAGCGACACAAUAAUCCGGAAACACGGUCCCAAUAUACAGAGGGCAGAUUUUACACAGCUAUUUCGCUCAGGUUAUUGGAAAAUCACAAUAUGCGCCUUAAUUGUGUCUUUUAGCAUAUUCCUAUCGCAUUAUGACUUGAUAUACACCUCGUCUGACGUGGCAGACAGUCAAAAUUAUACAUCUACGACAACUGGUUUGCAAAACGAGGAUAUAACAAGCAGUCACAUGUAUGCCAUUAUGGCCUGGAUGAACUUGCCAGAAUUUGUGUUCAUUAUCGCAGCCGCUAUGAGUUGUUACGUUUUCACGGUUAAAACAGUACUUUUAAUAGUUGUGUCGUUGACACUCCUGUUACAGAUCUUUGCAUUGUUCGUUGUAAACCGAAGAAUUCCAUUACUCAUAAUCACAAUGUUAUCUCGUGGCUUUCUUGCAACUGGCGUAUCACUCCUGAACGUCUUUGUAUCUCUGGUUUACCCGACAGAAAUUCGUAGCGUUGGUUCGGGCACUUGUGUCACUGCUGGUCGUAUCGGAAUUCUCCUAGGACCGUUCAUCUUUGAGACAUGGUUCGCCAAAAAGUAUUUUUAUGGAACCGUUUUUAAUGUCGCAGUAAUAUUUGCCUUAUUUAUUUCGACAGUUUUGCUGCCGACGCAGCCGUAAAUCCGUAAUAUUUGCUAAAUUUGAUCGAAUAAAACCAGUGAAAUAAUAUAAUUUGCCAACUCUACAGAGUCUUAAGAAUAGACAAAAAUUUUCCUAUUAUCCGCAUAUAGGCAGGAAGUUGUCUUCUUGACACAAUUGGGUGGAUCAUUAAUAUAUAUUACGUAUAUAUUUGUAAUUAGUAUUAAUUUCGAGGUGAGUAUUGAUUUUCCUGCAUUCUGAUUCGUCAAGAUUCACUGUCUCUGAAGUGAUAGUCACUGCCCGAUGACUAUAGCUUUUUGUUAUUGUUUUUCAAAUGAAAAAAUUGGAGUAACUAUAAAUUUUUAUGAAAUUAUGUUGUUUAUUAUUUGUAAACACCUCGAAACUUAUACUAAAGCAAUUAGUCGCCCGAGGCUUGGUGAUUAAUGUAGUAAUCACAUCGCCUUCGGCGACCGAUUAAGAAAUAGAAAACAUUUUCCGUGUUUCUACACAGUUAUAGAAACACGCGUCGGAGUUUGGGAGAACAAGAAAUAAUCAAUGGGGCGGGUUUUUCCACGCUAUUUCGACUUCCCCCAAACUCU